AUGACACAUUGGUUCGAGACCCGACAGCCUCUCACUCCCGAAACAUUCUCACCAGACGGUAGCGCUGCCAGCUGUCCAGGCCUGACCCCUUCUGUUCGAGAUCCCCAGGAAACCGCAUGUCCAUCUGCCAGCGGCCCGUUUGAAAUGUCCGCCGUGACCUUUCCGACAAUUCGGGCGGUCAACAAGGCAGCUUACCCCGAUGCAGCUGGUCUUGAGGCCAAGGUGUCACUGAUGACUCAAAUAGAAAACUCGGACGAAGAGAUCCUCGUUCGCUCAGUACAUCCUUCAUUGAGGGACUGCCUCCAUGUUGCAGUCAUCGAGGGUGCCCCUCUGGAUCGGCCUGUCUGGCUAAUCACUCCUCAGAACGCAAAAUUCAUUGUCAGCACGCACGCGGCCGGCAGAGAGAUUCACGUCAAGCCGAGCUUUUUGACCAAACCUGUGGACUACCAAUUUGUGCCAAUCCGCGAUGCUAUUGUUCCAAAUAUCAAUCCUCGGAGCUUUCUUUCGGUGGAAACCAUCGAAUGUAUUCGUCUAGCCUUUCCCGGGUCCGUAGGGGCUCAGGUCCUUGUCAUUGGAUGGAUCUUGGUCUUGUUUCCGGACCAAAAAACACUGCAGAAAUGUUGGGAUCAUGGUGCACCUGAUGAGAUAAGCAAUCUACGGGUUGGAUAUAGCCUUAUGAAGUGCUAUAGUACCGCUACCAGCACUACCAUCAUCGAAGCCGGCCAAGCUGUGACUGACGCGCCAGAUUCUAUUGACAGCCAGGCGGCACUGGGCUUAAGAUUACGACUUCCAGGUGGAUUGGAAGCAAUUACCACAGUGACGCAUGCAUUUGUGCGGCUAGCGAUACCUCAGAUGUCGAGUUUCAGAAGGGCUAUUACGGAACAGAUUCUGGUCGCGAAAAAAUAUCUCCAGAGAUUAAGACCACCACCAAAGGAUGCCCAGUAUGAAGGUAUGGUAUUUACAUGUGAUCACUCAAACUCGCCAAUUGGAAAGGAUGUAUGGCUAAGCGGAACGAGAACCAAGCACUAA